GCAGAAGGCUCCUUUCGAACGCCCCUCCAUGGAUCGUCGCGAGAGAGUGGUUUUGGCUCAAGCUGAUUGGAGCAUCCAGCCAUGGAGGAGGCCGUGGGGCGGCUGGCGCAGCUGGACGUCAACGUCAAGGAUGCCUUCGCCAAGCGCAUGGCGCAGGUGCAGCAGGAGCUGGAACAGAUGCAGAAGUUGCAGAACGAGGUGAAGGGCGAGGAAGCGAAGUUCCUGAAGGAAGUCCAAGGGCACCAGAGGGAGCUUGAGCAGAUCUCCAAGCAGCUUGGCUAUGCCACCACGAAGAAGCAGAAGCUUCUGAAGGAGUUGGAGCAGUGCACACAGGACAUCGAAAACCUCGAGAGGCGGAAGGAGGAGACAGCUCGAAAGAUGUGCGAGGUGGCUGCGGAGGCGGAGAGGGUCAGAGUGGAAAAGCUGAGUGGAGCCAGUGAAUCGCUGCAUUUCGCGCCGAAGCCCGUGUCUCCGAGCAACGCGGAGAUCAACCUUUGCGACCUCCUCGAGGACACGUCUGCCGCCGCGAAGCCAAAGAGCAACGCGCCAGCUUUGGACCUUCUGCACUUCGAUCCGAACCCAGGCGACGUUGCAAGGCAUGGGCAAGAUCAGAGAAACGAUGGUGCUGCUGGUCAUAGCAUUCCAUCCAACUGCGGUACAACUGGCGGUGGCUGCUGCAACGGCUGCAGCGGCAAUGGCUACAGUGACUCUGGCUGUGGCUGUUGUGGCUGCGGCUGCACUGGCUGUGGCUGCUGCAGUGGCUGCGGCUCCGGAGGCUGUGGUUAUGGAAUGAAUGGUGGCAGUGGCUGUGGUGGCUGCAGUGGUUGUGUUGGCUGUGACGGCUUUGGCGGCUAUGGCUGCGGUGGCUGCGGUGGCUGCGGUGGCUGCGGUUGCAGCACUGCUUUCAACACCCACAGUGGAGGGUGCCCUGGGUGCGGAUCUUGCAGUGGCGGCUGUGGAUGCGGAGGAUGCGGCGGUUGUGGGGGCUGCGGCGGUGCAUGUGGUAGCAGCUGCUUUGGUGGCGGAUGUGGCUGCUGUGGCUGUAGCGGCUGCGGUGGCGGAUGCGGCUGUGGUGGCUGCGGUUGUGGCUACGGCGGAUGCGGCUGUGGUGGCUGCGGUUGUGGCUGCGGUGCAUGGAACCCGGGCUGUGCAGGUUGUUCUGCCCCCGGUCCUGCCAACUUCGCCAACUUUGGUGAUGCAUGUGGGGGCGGUGUGAGUGCUUGCGGCGGAUGUGGCUGCUGCGGAGGCUGCCACGGAUGCUCCGGCAGCUGUGCCAGAAGCCCAUCCAGCAUGGACAAAGCGGAAGCUUCGUCAAGCGCUAAGGCGCAAGAAGGUGGCGCAAUGGCGCGCUUGUCCAGGCUGCAGAUGUACGAGCAGAAAGCCGCUGAAGACUUUGACGAGCUGCUGAAAAUGCCGCUGGCCAAACCCGGCCGCUGACACUCGAGCCCCGAUGACCCCAAUCUCACCGAGUUUCCUGUUUGGCAUGGGCUUUGACCCUCCGCUUUGUUCAAUUUCACAGUUCGAGUAUCCUGCGUGCACAAAGCCGGCACUUGGCGUCGAAGACUCGACAUUGCCCCGAUAACACCCAUGCUGCCCAUCGCAG